AUGGAGGAGGAGGGGGCAAGCAGGGACAAUAGUGGCUCCGUCCCGGCAACGAACGUUGGCGGGGAGGGAACCACUUCUUCUCAGCUCGGCAUAGACCCUCCCUCGACGGACCAGGAAGACAUCGUCACUGUCAUUGAGGAGGUCGCCAAGGAUGCCGAAGCUGAGGCCACCAAGAUCACGAAUGGGGAAGCCACCAAGUCCGCCGCCGAGGAGGUCGCCAGGGGGCCUGCCGGGGAGACUGGUGAGGCUGCUGCCGGGGAGGCCGGCAAGGGGCCUGCUGAGGAGUCAGGCAAGGCUGCUACCAACGAGGCUGGCAAGGCUGCUGCCGAGGAGGCCGCCAAGGAGAUCGCCAGGGAGGGGCGGCCGACGACCGACCUUCCUCCCCCGCAACCCCAACACCGGGCAAGGACGGCAGACACCAGAGCGCCAGCCGAUGGGGAGGUCUUCGACGACGAGGCCCUCGCCACUACUGGGCUCCAGGUUGUCGAUGAACCGAGCGCCAGCAGCGGUGGUUCCCAAGAAGAGCAGCUCCUCCUGGCCAUGAGCGCCAAUUUCUAG